CCCCCCUCCCUGGUUCCUCCAUAGACCUCUGUGGCAAAGGGGGGAAAUAAACCGAAUGGAAGCUGUAUAUAUGAAAACUAUAUAUAUAUAAGUAAGUAAGAUGGAUCAAAAGAUGUGUGUGUGGGGGGGGGGCGACAAAGGGAGUUUGAGUCUUAAUGUGGAAGCAGCCAGUGUUGUCAUCAGAAAGCUCCCUUCUCUAAUCCAGGAUUACUGUGUUUACCCGUGUGUUUGUGUGUGUGUGUGUGUGUGUCACUCUCUCUGUACUGAUACCCCAACAGUACGACAACAUGUUUGUGAGAGGGUGUGUGACGUGCUGUGUAUCAGUGUCAAAGAGCACAGAUAUAUGAGAACAAUAACAACAAUACAGAUUAAAACCAUCCCAUCAACACACACACUUGUGAGGUCCACAGGCUUUAAAGUUGUUUUUAAAAGAUGAUUCUGCCUUGUACUAAGUAGCAUGGAACAAUAUGGUGGCUAUGAUUUGGUUUUGUCUGGUCUUUGUAUCCAAUUGAAUCUAAACUGUAAAAACAGCUCUGAGAUCAGUGAAUGAGCUCUAACUGGUGAGUGUUGUCCCGUAAAACAGCUCUGAGAUCAGUGAAUGAGCUCUAACUGUUGCGUGUUGUCCCAUGGGGUCGCUGACAGCCAUGUUCUUGUGCUUGUGUCUGCAGGAGCCAUCGGAGGACCCUACCAUGGCUGCGGAGAGGAGAGUGACAAGAGUGAGGACAGCCCCAGCCCCAAGCGCCAACGGCUCUCCGGCCAAUCGGUGUUGGACCUGUCCUCCGUGGCCCCGCCCUCCACCCCCUCGCCCCCCAUGCGGCCCUGGGAGUUGCCGCCCAGCCGGAGGCCGCACCCCUUCCCCCACCACCCCCCCCACUACCCCCCGGAGCGCUGCCUCACUCCCGCCCGCCACCGACGGAGCCCACCGGCCCGACGCCAGCGAGCCGCCUGUCCCGCCCCCCACGCCACGUGCCCCCCCACCACCCCUCCCCUCCGGGGGCUCGUGGGAGGAGGUGGAGGGCUACCCCCCGACCUCCGUCAGGACGAGAACUACCGCCUGCAUCACCACCCGUCUCCCCCCCCACCUCCACCACCACCCCUCCACCCUCACCUCUCCCACCACCCCUCCUCCGCCCUGCCCCAUCCAGGCUACCAGCCCCAGCCCCAGUCAGCCUACGGCGGGCAGCCUUCCGGUGGCGGGGGCGCCGAGGAGCCUCGAGCCUUCCACCCCCCGGCGCUGUCGCCGCGGCUACUGCACCCGGCCGCCCACGCUCACCACACGCAGCAGCAGGGAGCCAUGGUGAUGGACCUCCAUGAACAGUUGCAACAGGGUACCGUCCCCGUCUCGUACACGGUGACCCCGGUCCCGCCCCACGGCUUAGCCCCGCCCCUGUGCACGGGGCAGCACCUCCCCCAGGCCUGCUCCUCCCAGCCACAGGUGCCCCCCUGCAGCGUGGUGUUCAGCACCGGACAGCACUACCACCCGAUGUUGCAGGCCUGCUCAGUGCAGCACCUGCCGGUCCCCUAUGCCUUCCCCUCCCUCCUCUCCAGCGACCCCCCCUUCCUGCUCCACCCCCCCCACCUCUCGCACCACCCGUCCCACCAUCUACCCCCGCCGGGGCACUUCCUGCCCUUCCAGACACAACAGCCCCGAUCGCCUUUACAGAGAAUCGAGAACGAGGUGGAGCUUCUGGGGGAGCACCUGUCGGUGGGGGGGUUCAACUACCCCCACGGGGCUCCCCACCCGUCCUCCCUGCCCCCCUCCACCCCCCUCCAGUUCCUCUCGCACGACCCCCUGCCCCAGGAGCUCUUCGGAGUGCCCUACCCCCACUUCAUGCCUCGGCGAAUCACAGGGCGGCGCUACCGCUCCCAACAGACGGUUCCCCCGCCCCCCUACCACCCCAGCUUCUUGCCUUACUUCCUGUCGAUGCUUCCUGUGGCUCCCACAGUGGGUCCAACUACCAUAAGUCUAGAGCUGGACGUGGAUGAUGGGGAAGUGGAGAACUAUGAGGCUUUGCUGAACUUGGCGGAGCGCCUGGGAGAGGCCAAGCCUCGCGGUCUGACCAAGGCUGACAUCGAGCAGCUGCCUUCUUACCGCUUUAACCCCAACAACCACCAGUCAGAACAGACCCUGUGUGUGGUGUGUAUGUGCGACUUCGAGUCUCGUCAGCUGCUGCGAGUGCUGCCCUGCAACCACGAGUUCCACGCCAAGUGUGUGGACAAGUGGCUUAAGGCCAAUAGGACCUGUCCUAUCUGCCGGGCCGAUGCCUCAGAAGUUCAGAGGGAUUCCGAGUGACCUUUGACCCCCCUGCCCUCGUUCUUCCUGCUUCCUGCUGGACAGUUGCCCAGGGAUCAGCCCCCCCCCCCCCCCCCCCCCCAACACCAACACCAACACCAACACAAGAGGAAACCCAUCCUGUUAGGGCAGAUUGGUGACUGGUGGGACAAUGACCUAAGAGUAGACGGAUCCUCUCCACCUCUCUCAUUCACCAAAUCCCCCCCCCAAAAAAAAUCCCAAGCCCCUCCCACAAUGGCCAUGAUCAUAGCCACAAUGGACUUCUUUCAAGCCACCUGGUGUCGGAUGGACAGAAACACAAUGAACUGAAAAACUGUGUAGUUUUACCACAAACCUAAUGGAAAAUUGGAAGUCCAAAGAUUGACUUAAAUUCUUGUUUUUGUUAUUCUUAUCACCUGUUUCGGGAUCCUGUUGUUUUUGGUUGUUGUUUUUCAAACGACAUUGUUUAUUUACUUUUGGUGUGUGUGUGUACUAACAUUCCUGGUUUAAGCAGUUGAGUGGUCGACAGUUGUGCAUUAUUGUAUGCCGAAAACAUAUGUAAAACGAAAAGAAAUGAAGAUUGAGAAUGGGAAAGGGUGUGUUUGUGAGUGUGCGUGCGUGCGAGAGAUUGAGACUCUUCCGUGUUAUUUAUACAGUAUGUGUGGUACAAUACACUGGCUUCCUGCUCUCACGUCUGUCUUCAAUGUGAUUGGCUGAGGCUGUACGCUGACACAGGAUGAGUUUUUGUAGAUGUGGAAGAGGAGGAUUGUUGAAAGUGUAGUUUCAGAAGGAUCGAAUGCAUGUCUUCACUUUGCCUCGGCUUGUCUCUUCCUUAUCACUACCUCCUUUCAGUUUGUUCCCUCCUUCUCCUUUCCUCAGCCAAACAACACUUAGGAGGGGCUGACGCUGGCGAUGCAACCUUUCACUCGACCAAACACUCUCCUUGCUGCAGAGUUCUGACCCUACCAAUAUGGCUGCUCCCGAGUCCCAGUGAGAGAGAGAGCAGGCUCCUGUCACCGAGGUCUUAAUGUGUUGGGGCUGGCAGCCAUGUUGGUAAGGUCCUCAGGGCCUCCUCCUCAUACCCGGUGGGCAGAAUGGUGGGACGAGUUUGCUGUAGUAACUCAAGACCUAGAGGUCUUGGUUGUUGGUGUGUUUUCGUGUGGGUUUCACUUCACAGGUUUAUUUUCAUGUGGUGAAAAGGGGAGUGGUUUAACUUUGCUAUUCACUAGUAUUCCAUGAACCAGCGCUUGGUGGAAUAAUCCUACUUUUAAUUUUUUUCACCCCUCCCUUUCUCAUCUGGUGUGUACAAGUUUGGUGAGGAAUGCUUCGAGUUUUGAUUUCAGUCACAAAUGAGCACAAUGUGACCUUGGAUUAUGUAGCAUUAUUUGUAGGUUGGAUGUAUGUCUGUGCCUGUUGGUUGAGAAGUCUUUGUCUCUGGUCCCAGUGACACACAUGCAUCUGAAAGAAGCAGCAUCUGUCAAACUGCCUCAACACUUCCCUCGCUCACCUUUGACCUCACUCUGUCUCUCUCUCUCUUUCUUCCUCCCCCCCUUCCCUCCUUAGAUUGUAUCUAAACCCCUCACACACACUCCCUCUUCAUCCAUCCGUCACAUUCAUUACCGGCAUUUUAACCCCCUUUUUCUGUGAUCUGUUCUAAAAAUCGAAACAAAAACAACUUUGAAGAAUGUCAUACAAAUGCUAUGUAAAGGACAGUGUAUUUCAACACCAGAGUGAGCCAGGCACCCGCAGUGUCUUAUUAAGAUAUGCCUUUAACAGAUAACCGUUCUCAGAGCUGGCGUUGCCUCUGUCGGCCGACUCCAGGUCAGACGUACUGCACCUAAAUUUAUUGAAAAGGGGAGGGGGGGGGGGGCAUCCCCCUUUUCCCUGCCCCAAACCAAUCACCAGUGUUCUAUAGGCCAGUGUCAAGAGGUCAUAUCCAUGGCAGCGUUUUCUUUCUUUUUUUUUGUACCCAAGUGGCGAAUGACAAUGGUUGUAACUGCCAUGUGCAGCGUCCAUUUUGUGUCAUAGGAUUGUUGUCAUUAGUGUUUCUCCUGCUCAGUACACUAGCAGUUACCUCGUUUCACUAUUUAUAUAUACCAAGAAUACUCAACCGUCACACGAGCAACUGAAUUUCAUUUUGUUGAUCGUUGAUAUUUCCCCCAUUUUUUUGUUUGUCGGGAUGUUAAGAAUCUUUUUUUUGUUUUGUUUUUUUAAGUACACGCAACUAUAUAUCAUUUAACAUGAUGUUGUUUUUCUAUGUAUGAUAUCUGUAACCAAAAUCAUUUGAAGGCUUGAUAUGAAAUUUUUAACAAAACAUUUGUACAUUUUUUAUGAGAGUUAUCACUAGUAAUGCUUUACUAAGUAGUGCAAUGAAUUUUUAUUUGUAAUCCCUUUCCUUCUUGUCUUUUUGGAUUUCAAAGGGUGGUCCAAUAAUAAAUGUAUAAUGUCCUCUUCCACUCCUUGUCUUUUUGGAUUUCAAAGGGUGGUCCAAUAAUAAAUGUAUAAUGUCCUCUUCCA